AUGGCUGAAUGCAGUGACCAGAACAUUAAGAACCCACAACCAGAACCAGAAGAUGAAGAAGAAGAAUACACAGCGGUGGUUGGCAAACACUUGUCCAUGCUCCGCCUUGACAGCAGCAGCAGCUUCAAAUCUCCCAAUUCCAGUCCCAAGACCGGGAGAACAUUGAAAAGGCGAUCCCAGUCCCAAUCCCCACCAAUAUCCCAACCCAACCCCAAGAAAGAGAAGCUUGAUCUCCCUCCUGAUCCUCUUCUUCGCCGCUGCAGUUCCGAACGCUUCAACCCAACUUCUCCUCCUUCUCCCCCAUUUUAUUUUUUUAAUUCUCAUCACAAUCAGCUGCAGUGCCCCAACGCAGCCUCUCCUGCCUCUGCCUCAACAGAUAAAGCCUCUGGAGCGGCUGCUCUCCCUGCCUAUGCCUCCACACUCCGCCGCUCCGUUUCCAAUCCCAAGCCUUCUUCGAGUUCGCCUGCUCUCAAAACCUUCUCCCGUCAAUCCUCCUCCUCCUCUGGUGACGAAGACGACAACGACGACUCCACUCCCAAUUCUAAGAGGCUUAGAAGGAUAAAAUAUCGCGUCAGAGAGAUGAGUCUGUGGUUCCAACAAGUCAUGCGUGAAAAUGAAGAUGAUGACGAGGAAGAAGAAGAAGAAGUGGAACUGGAACCUCCUCAAGAACAACAUCAUCAACAAAAUGGAGACACUACUGAGGUCGAUAGUGACAUAAAUUUUGCAGAAUCUGUGAGCGUGGAGAGGAUGGGGGAUGGCUUAGUCAUUCAUUUCAGGUGCCACUGUGGCGUCCCCUAUCAGUUCCUUCUUGCUGGGGGCAACUGCUACUACAAGCUCAUGUAGAUUUGUAUUUCACAACCCCCUUUUAC